UGCUUCAGCGAGUCAUAAUAAGUAAAAUAUGAAUCGCAAUAGUUCUUACAUUUAGAAUUUAUAAUUUGAAAAAUGACUUUUCAAUUAUUUAUUUUGCGUUGGAAACGUACGUUUCAAAACAAAAAGAUAAAAAAACGGUAUAAAAACGAUGUGAUUGAUGACGGCGAAGAUUAAUUUGUAGCAAUAUCACAGUCAUGCAUAAUCCUUUAAUUUAUCGUUUACUCUUUAAUCGCGCUGCGUCGCUUCGUAGCGUCCAGUAUACCUAGUGCACGCUUUGCAAUCACUUCAGAUUGCGUUUGCGUUCCCCGUGUACCACAGCUGAAGUCGGAAUGGCCAAAGAGUCUGAAGAAAUAGGUGAUGACAUGUACAGGAGAAUCAGUGAAAUUGCGAACGCAUCGUUUGCUGAAAAAAUACUUCGAGACUCGGAACGAGAUAACAAUUUGAAAGUGCUCGGUGUUUCGAUAAAUCCGGCGACGAGCAGAGGUGACAAUUACACCAGUGACAUGUUUAGAGCAACUGUGGAAUACACUUGUCAGGAAAACAGUGAAAUAAUUACAAAAACAAAGUCGCUAAUUGUUAAAGUUGAGCCUCUGACCGAAGGCGUACAUCAGGAUAUGAUCUCAAAGUCAAGCCUUUUCUCCACGGAAAUUUCAAUGAUGACUGAUACACUGCCACUCAUGAACGAACUGCUCGGUCCCGAUUCACGACCCUUAAAUGGACGAGCCUUGUAUACUCAAAGUCAAAAUCCACCAUUGUUGGUAAUUGAAGAUCUGGCACCGCUGGGUUUCCAUAUGGCAGAUCGCCAAGCUGGACUCGACAUGGAUCACUGCCUUUUAGCUAUUCGUAAUCUCGCCAGAUUUCACGCCAGUUCUGUCGCUCUUUUGGAAAGAGAUCUCAAUCAAAAGACAAAAUACACUCGUGGUAUAUUUGAUAAAAACCAGCCAGCGGAAAUGCAACUUUUUUUCAAACAGGCAACCGCAGAAAUUAGCAAAGAAAUAACUAAUUGGCCGGAGCUUGAUCCUAGUAUUCCAGAGAAAAUUCGAAAACUGGCAGAUACGAUAUACGAAAAAGGAUGCAUGGCAAGCGCUUGUCGUGAAAACGAAUUCGUUGUUCUAAAUCAUGGUGACUUUUCUGUUAAUAACAUGCUAUUCAAAUAUAACGAGUCGAAUCGACCAAUCGAACAUAUAUUCGUGGAUUUCCAACUUUGUCUAUACACAUCGCCAGCUAUCGAUUUAAAUUAUUUCUUCAACACUAGCUUGACCGAUGAUACGCUGAUGCUGCACGAAGAAACAUUAAUAAACGAGUACACGUGUUCGCUGACCUCGGCAAUGGCAAAAGCAAAUUGCGCAACUAAGCCGCCCAGCCUCGAGGAAGUCAAGGCCAUGAUGCGAGAUCGUGCAUUGUACGGAAUGAUUGCUGCAAUCAACGUAUUUCCUUUUCUAUUGGCAAAUAAAGAGGAAAUUGGCGAUCUCAAUGAAGUAUUUAGCAGGGCAGACAAUCCAGCUUAUAAGGGGAAACUUUAUCGCAAGGCUAUGAUCAGACGACUUCCAAAAUUCGAUCAAAUGGGAAUUUUAGAUUAACUUAAUUUCCCGACUUUCGAUGGAAAUCAUUCGGUAGCGAUUGUUACCAACAAAAUUACAAUCGAGUUAUUCUAGAAAACAUCAGAGUUCACGUAAUAAGGAUAUGAUUACAAUAUUUCAUUAUUAUGUUUGAUAUUACUUAUAUCAAAUGAAAUUUUCAGUCACAUUUAGAUUUUAUUUACGUUUAUUAAUAACAUGAAUUAAUACAAGUAAAAAUUAGCUGACACAGACAAUUGAAGUGAGCUAGAAAAAAAAAAUGUGUUAAUAAAUACCCAGUCUUUAAAAUUAUGGAAUCGUGAUACGUCCCUGUAGCAUUAGCAAUGACACCUGUACGUGGGGGGUUCCCCGCUCUCUAUUGGAUUUCUCAACUGCGGGUGAGCGGACAAUAAUUGUAUAAUAAUAAUUCAAUAAUUGCGCGAUUUUAUUAUACAAAUUAUUGUACAUAAAUUAUUGUGUACAUUAAUAUAGCGUCAGAAUUGAUGCGCUCAUUCAUGCUAUAAUAUUAUACAUAAUAGUUUAUUCCUACCUUAAAAAUGAUGCGUAGCCUAUCAUCCAGUAUUGUGAUGGGUUGAUGCUAAAAAGAAGCGUGAAAUUUUAAAAUUCCGUAUACUUUGAAAUAUUGUUAUUAUAUAUCUAGCAGUGUGAGAUUUAUUUGUUAGUAGUAAAUUCAAUUUAUGAAUAAUUAACAUGGAUAAUAAUUUGCAGGAAUGAAAAUAUGCUGUUAAUAAUUGGUUUUAAGAACAUAAGACGUUAUGUUUUGAAAUUAUCAUUACAAAUCGUUCAUUUUUAUAACAUCUGUGAUACUAAAAUUAGUAAGUGGAUGUGUUUUUAAAAAAUCAAAAAAUUCAAACUAUUCAUAUUUUUACGAAAUAAAGUUUUUUAUAAAUUAUAUUUGAAUAAGUAGAAUAUAUUCUACUUCAAAAUUACAAUCUUAUCCAAUUUUUUCUGUGUGCCUUAUGAAUACUCUGAGCUAUAAGCUUUCCAAAUUGAAAAUAUGCGCGUACUGAAAUAUGUAAACAAACAUCAGAAGUUUUGCUGACUUUCGUGCAGUAGGGUAUGCGAUUGUAUCAAACAUCAGCAAAGUUACAAUUUAGCUCUAUAACGGAUCUCAUCAGUGAUGUUUAUAAAAUUUUAAAAAUAAAUAAAAUACAAUUGUUGCUGAAAAUGAUUUGAUACACGUUUAUUUCAAUAUCUGACAACCUUAACCAAUUGAAAAUGACUUUAUUUGAAAAAUUAUAAGUUUCGGUUAAUUAUGCUUUUUUACAAAAAAAGGUUAUAAAAAAAUCAUCUACCCGUAUUUCUUAAAGCUAUUUAAAUGCAAUUACACCAGAACGAAAGGUUUUCAAAGCUGUGCCCUCAAAAAAAUUAUUUUUUUUUGCAAUAGUAAAUUUUACGUUUUGGGGAUUUGUUCAUUUAUUUUGAAAUAUGAUAAGUACGAUAAAAGAUUAUAAAAUGUUUCAAGAUCAAAAUUCAAUCUGUUAAAAUCAGCGAAUAUACAACGGCUCCUUUUAAUUCAAAACAAAUUUUGAAAUUUUGUUUAUUUAACAAAAUGCUUUUUUAAUAUUAUUUUUUUAUUAAAAAAAAUGCUUUUUUAAUCAAACAGCAAACAUAAAACAGUAUUUAUAAAAAAAGAUGAUGUUGAAGAAGUAAAAUUUCGUCAGAAAAUUCGAUUGACCCGAAGUAUUCUACAUAAAAUAUUUCUAUAGAAAGUAAUAAAUAUUCGAAAGGAUUAUAUGUUUAAGUUUCUGUCCAUUAUUAAAAAAUGAUUAAGUAUAUAACUAUAUCAUGUGGAAUUUUUUGUACCAAUUAAUCGUUUAUUAAUUUUUCUGUAGAAUAAGACAGUAUAAGAUAAUAUUUCCUUUUUUAAAAAAUAGCACUUUAUUUAUUUGUAUUCAUUAAAAAAGCAUUAUAUUAAAUAAAAAACACUUAAUCAUUAAUGUAGAAUCGGUAUCUGUGCAAAAGGAAUUCGUCAGUUUCGUAUUUGAAUGAAAUCAAAAUUGUUAUAGGCUAUAUAAAAAAUUUUGAAAUAUAAUAUACAUACACGAAACAAUUCUGUGAUAUGAAAUGCUUAAUACCCGUUAAUAUUCAUUGAGUACCGAAGUUACUUCACAGUAUUUCAUAUGCGAAAUAACGAUUUAUAAUAUUCUCUUCGUUAUUGAUGAAAUUUAUUGGAUUUUUCGAAGCUAAACGUUACAACAAAGAUAAUAUUCAAUAAAUUAUUACAUGAAUAAAUAAGUAGAAAUAAGUAUGUAAUUGAAAUGCAUUAAAAUUGCUUUAUCAUGUUUUUUGAGGUGAGGCCGUUAAGUAAAUGUAGUGGGCGUUAUUUUCUAUUUCAUGCCUUAAAAUCGUUUUGACAGCAUAUCGUUUUG